ACAUGGUGCGUGAUACAAGAAAUUCGCGAUUGCGGAAGGGAAUUGCGUUUGUAAUAAUUUUGGUGCUUUGUUGUGUCGAGGGUGAAAAUGGUUUCUUUGGUUAUAAGCAUGGAUUCAGUGAAUAUAGUGGCCAUGUCACACCAAAAGAGUAUGACUUCAUUGUCGUCGGUGGAGGAAAUGCCGGCGCGGUUUUGGCCAGUCGACUUUCGGAAAUAACCCAGUGGAAAAUAUUGCUCAUAGAGGCAGGGGGUAGAGAUAAUCCGUUAUCCGAUGUGCCACUUUUUGCAGCGUAUCUACAGUCAACGGCAUUCAAUUGGAAUUUUGUAGCAGAAAAACAGAACAACUUUUGCUUAGGAUUAAAGAAUGGGCGAUGUCCCUUGCCAAGGGGAAAGGGCCUCGGUGGAAGUACAAUUAUCAACUAUAUGAUCUACAAUAGAGGCAAUCCAGCUGAUUUCGAUCGAUGGGCUGCAAUGGGCAACAAACAGUGGUCUUACCGUGAAGUGUUACCCUACUUUAAGAAAUCAGAAAAGGUUACAUUUGAAGAUACAAAUCGGCCACCCCAGCAUGGGAAGGGCGGCCCAGUGAAUGUCGAAUAUGUUCCACAUCGAUCACCUCUAGUACAUGCAUUUAUCGAAGCCAAUAAACAGCUUGGAAGAGGCAGAGUGGAUUAUAACGGUGGAUCGCAAAUAGGCGUUGAUUAUCUCCAGGCAACCACAAAACGCGGUAAACGAGUGACUUCUGCAUCAGCAUAUCUUAGCGUCGGACUUGAUCGGCCCAAUCUCACUAUCCUUACAAAUGCGAGAGCGACUAGAAUAGUAAUAGACAGAAAGACAAAAAUCGCCAGAGGUGUCGAAUACUUGCAAAAUAAAAAGAGAUACACUGUAUAUGCCCGGAAGGAAGUGAUCUUGUCAGCUGGUACAUUCCAGUCACCACAGCUUCUCAUGCUGUCCGGAGUUGGUCCGAGAGAUCAUCUCCAAGAGUUAAACAUUCCGGUACUCGUGAACUCACCGGUUGGCAAAACAAUGUAUGAUCACCUCUGUCUGAUUGCGCUUACGUUCAUAACGAACACUACGAAGGCAUCUUUCGACACCGACCGGAUAGGGGCUCGAGAGAUUCUUCAAUACAAAGCCGGAACAGGCAUACUCACCGCUCCAGGGGCCUUGGAGGCAUUAGCAUUCGUCAAAACAAACAUAUCUCGUGAAAAAAAUGAUAUUCCAGACAUUGAGUUGCUUUUCCUUGGUGGGUCGACUGUGUCCGAUCAUGGUACUGGAUCCGUAAAAUCAUUGAAAUGGCGUGAAGAUAUCUAUGACAAAGUGUACAAACCAUACGAAGGAAGAGACCAAUUCACAAUUGCUGUGAUGUUGUUUCAUCCUAACUCUAGAGGGUAUAUACGAUUGAAAAAUAGCAAUCCCCUCCACUGGCCGCUAGUUUUUUCAAACUUCUUGACUGCCCCCGAUGAUCUCAAAGUGAUGAUCGAAGGAAUCAAAGAAGCCAUUCGUAUUGGCGAUACACCAGCCAUGAAAGCCAUCGGUGCUCGAUUGAAUGAUACCCCUCUACCUACUUGCACACAAUACCCAUUCGGAACGGACACUUACUGGGAAUGUGCGAUACGUUCGUUGGCUAAUACAUUGCACCAUCAGGUCGGUACCAGUCGAAUGGGUCCGGCAGGCGAUCCCGGUGCUGUGGUUUCUCCUGACCUGAAGGUGUACGGCGUGAAAAAUUUAAGGGUUGUAGAUGCCAGCAUUAUGCCGUACAUUGUCACCGGACACACCCAGGCAGCAGUGUAUAUGAUUGCUGAGAAAGCCGCGGAUAUGAUAAAGGACCACUGGAAUUGGGGACAAGAAUUGAAUGAGAACGACUGAAUAUAAAAAUCGUCCAUUCACCUUAAUAGAUUCAUUAACAGCCAUAAUUUAUCUCGAAGACAUCUCGAAUUCCACUUUAUAGCAAAACCGAUACCUCAGAAUAGACUUAAGUUACUAUCCUGAACCUUGUAUUAUACAAAUGAAGAUUAAGUUUGUUAUAAUAUUAUACUAAUAUAGAGAUUGAAGAUAUUAUGUUUAUAUCGUUAUAAUUAAGGUUUGCAAGCCUACAUAAUGCAUGCAAUAUUUUGUAUGGAAGGAACAUUUUAGUGGGCGGUUCCGUCAUUAGCCAUCAAAGCUCAAGGAAAAUAUCCGUCCUGCAAAUUAAAUGAAUAUAGAACUUUGUUUGCAUAUCGGUGAGUCACCCCAAAUAAAAACUAUUCAAAUUGAGAAACAGUAAAAAAUGCUUUGGAGAUGUAGAUGUUACACGAAAACGUAAAACCAUCCCAAAGAUAAGCCCCACAAGCUACUGUCAGUAAUUCCCUCAAGUGACAAGCCCUACUAUCUCGGACCCCAUACCGCACAUUUUGCUGCUAAAUGUCUCAUUUCUAAUUAAUGCCGUAAAAACAGGGUUUAUGCAUUAGUGUGGCGAGGAGAGAGUUCGGCAAAGGUAGAACAAUAAUAUGAUUCGCUUAGUUGUAUAUAAGCAGGAA